AUGUACUGGAAACAGGUCUUUAUCUAUGUCCUCUCAUACUCUAUCCUCUGGUCGCGUUCAGCUGCCAAUGCCUCCUCUGUGGGUGACACGGUGAAUACGACUAGCGGUCUCGUGAAAGGAAAAGCUUCGUCUCUGAGGUCCGAUGUCUCCGAGUACUUGGGCAUUCCGUAUGCAAAGCCACCGAAGGCUGAGUUGCGCUUUGCAGCGCCUGUUUCUGUGGGCCGGGCAAGCGGAGUGCUCGAUGCGACGUCUUAUAGCCCCGAUUGUCCCUCGAACCGCAUCCCCAUGCGCCAGGCACACCUUGGUGGUCCCGUCGGCGAGAAGAUCACCAGAGCCCUUUCACAAGAAGACAGUGUUCUAGAUGAAGAUUGCUUGACCAUCAAUAUCUGGACAAAGCCCCAAGAAGGCGAGAAGAAGAAAGCGGUGCUGUUUUGGAUUUAUGGCGGAGGCUUCUCGAUCGGUAGUGCUUCGAGUGCCGUCUACGAUGGGUCUAUCCUCGCAGAUGAGAACGACGUGGUAGUGGUUUCUUUCAACUACCGUCUCAACAUAUUUGGGUUCUCCGGAGCACCGGGUCAGCCAUGGAACGUGGGAUUGCUGGACCAACGUCUUGCGCUGGAAUGGACGAGAGACAAUAUCGAACGCUUCGGAGGUGAUCCCUCUCGAAUCACAGUCUUCGGACAGUCGGCAGGCGGUCUCUCUACAGACUUCCUGGCAUACAGUUAUCCCAAAGACCCCAUUGCAAACGCACUCAUCGCCCACUCUGGUGCUGCCAGCUCAUCACUCUCAGCAUCCUCCGGCACCGCUGAUAUUCGCGAAUCCUGGUUCAACGUCUCCAGUAGUCUAGGAUGCGGUGGCUCAGACGCCGGCGAAGACACGGUGUCCUGCAUGAGAUCCAAGAGUCAAGAGGACCUCUUAACCGCCAUCGCUUCGAUAGGCAGUCAGGGCCUUGUCGGUGGCUUUCUCCCCGUUGGCGACGGGGAGAUCGUCCCCAAAGACAUCGCCGCUGAAGCCAAAGCCGGCAACUUCGCUCGGAUCCCCUUCAUGACAGGAAACACGGACAACGAGGCCGGCUUCUUCCUCAUAACGGCGCUCGCAUACUCAAAUCUCACCGCCGAACAGGUUUCCGCACUUCCCAUAACCCUAAUCAAGCCCCUCGGCGACCUUCUCACUCUCGCCGGCUUCACCUGCCCCGCGGCCGAGGCUGCGGGAUAUCGAAAACAGCAUGACGUUCCGGUCUGGCGAUACAGGUACUAUGGUGGGAACUAUAGCAAUACUUAUAUCGUUCCUGUCGGAUCCGCGUAUCAUACCUCUGAUCUUCUCCCGCUCUUUGGGACGGCUCCUGCGGUUACCGAGGUCGAUGAUACAGAGUAUGAAGCUGGGGCGGCGGCUUAUAUGCGUGAUGCUUGGGCGACGUUUGCGAAGCACCCGAAAGACGGACUGGCGAGUCAGUUCCAGUGGCCGAAGUUUAAUGCGUUGACUCGGUCUCAGGUUCAGUUGUCGUACGGUGAACAGACAGAGGCAAGUUACAUCUUCAAUGCACAGACGGAUAGGUUCUGUUCGAUCUUGAAACUGUAUGAGGGGAUUUCAGCUGACUUGACGAAACUGUUUUCUCGGCUGGGAGGGUCUGGAGGUGCUAGACUGGGGAAGGAUUUGAAUGACAUUUUCAGUCAGCCUCUAGACACAGAGAGCUCGUUCAAGAAAGCACUGGAUCGACUGAGGGAGCUUGCAUGA